AAUGCCGCAAGCAAGGUCCAUGGAACUGAUAAUGAUGAAGAACAACGUCCUAUUACAGAGGAAACUCCAAUUUCAAUGGAUAGUUCUGAAACUAUCCCGGAUUUGGAUUCUAAUGAUGAUAAGGGGGAUUCUGCAGAAGCUGAACUGCGCUUUUGUGAUUUAGAUGAGUUAGUAGAGCCAAAGGUUGGCAUGAUUUUUGACACAGCAAAAGAAGCAUUGGAUUAUUAUAACGAAUAUGCAAGAAAGAUUGGUUUUAGGGUGAGAAUACUAAGGACAAAUGCGAAGAAAGGUCAGCGUGAUAAAAUUCAUCGCCAAGUGCUAGUUUGUUCGUGUGAAGGAAGCUAUAAAAUGGUGAGGAAGCCUAGAAAAAGAAGAGAAACUAAGCGAUUUGAAUGCAUGGCAGUCUUUGAGAUCAAAUUAAUGAGUGGUGGUGACAAGUAUGCUUUGAUUAGGUUCAAAUCUGAGCAUACACAUGAACUUGGACCGACUAAAAUUUCCAGGCACCUAAAGACCCCUGCCCAUGUACCACAUGUUGACAGUAGCCUUCCUCGAGGAGUAACAGCAGCGGAUAUUCCUGAAGAAGUUGGCUUAUCUGAUCUCAACGCAAGGUCUGGGUUUCUAAAGAGGGGUGAUGCUCAUUUUCUCCUCGAGUAUUUCAGGCAAAAGAAGCAAGAAAAUAAACAUUUUUUCUACUCUUUUCGCACUAAUGGAGAUGGCAGCAUAUGUGGUGUAUUUUAUUGUGAUGCAAAGUCAAGAAGAGAUUACGGGAUAUAUGGUGAUGCAGUCUGUUUCGACACAACAUUCAAAACAAACGAUAUGGUUUGUGUGCCAGUUAUUGGUAUAAACAAUCAUGGGCAACCUGCACUUUUUGGAUGUGGUUUAUUAGAUGGUGAAACAGCGGAUUCUGCAGUGUGGUUGUUUACUACUUUCUUGGAGGCUAUGGGAGGAAAGAAGCCCAUAAGUGUGUUUACGAGUGAAUCAGCAUUCAUUUUAAAUGCUGUUAGUGCUGUAUUUCCAGAAGCUCAUCAUGGAUUGUGUUUAUGGCAUUUAUUUCAAAGUGCUUCAAAGCACUUGACUGAAGUAUUUAAAGCGUUUAAAUCAUUCUCCGUUCAAUUUAAAGCUUGCAUAUAUGAUCCAGAAACGAUUGAGGAAUUUGAAGAAAGUUGGAGCAAGUUGCUUGAUGAGUAUGGGCUUAGAGGAACAGGCGAGAACAUCAGCAAGUUUUUGAAAGCCUAUUUUAGCACGGGUAGCAUUCCUCUUUGGGAGUUCGUGGACCAAUACUCUAAAGCCAUGGUUGAUCAGUAUGAGAAGGAAAAGGAAGCAGAAAAAAGGACACACCAAACAGAACCAAAUUUGAUCUCUGCGUGGCCUAUAGAACACGAGGCAUCAAAAUUAUACACUAGAGAAAUGUUCUAUGGUUUCCAAGAAGAGCUUCAACAAAUUAUAGAUCUGCUGUUAGAGUUGGUGUCAGACGACGGAAUUAUUCGUACCUAUAGAGCUACUGAGAUGGAAGGUCAGAAAAAGAUUCGCACACUUAUAUAUAACCACACUGAACAAUCAGUCUAUUGCUCUUGUAAGAAAUUUGAAUUUAAUGGAAUCCUUUGCUCUCAUGCAUUAAAGUUGUUUCGUAACUUGCAGUAUAAAACUCUGCCUCCUAAAUAUUAUUUGAAGAGAUGGACUCGUAAAGCUACAGAAGACGAUGUUUUUGACCCUUCUGGGGAGUUGAUCCCGAAUAAUAGUGAUCCGUCAUCAACUGCUCUUUACGAUGCGCUGUUGCAAAUUUCACAAAGAAUUGCAACGAAGUGUUCGAAGUCAGAAGAAGUGUUUUCUCUCACUAAAUUAUUACUGCAGGAAGUUGAAGCGAAGAUGGAGGGCCGUAAUACUAUGGAAGAACGAAGGCCCGCAGUUCAGAAAGCUACAAUUAAGACUACUUCAGCAGUUCAGACAACUACAAUUGAGACUACUCCAGCAGUUCAAAAAACUACAAUUAAGACUACUCCAGCAGUUCAGAAAACUACAAUUGAGACUACUCCGGCAGUUCAGAAAACUACAAUUGAGACUACUCCAGCAGUUCAGAAAACUACAAUUGAGACUACUCCAGCAGUUCAGAAAACUACAAUUGAGACAAACUACAAUUAAGACACUCCAGCAGUUUAGAAAACUACAAUUAAGACCACUCCCGCAGUUCAGAAAACUACAAUUAAGACUACUCCCGCAGUCAAGAAAACUACAACUAAGACUAAUCCGGCCGUCAAGAAAACUACAACUAAGACUAAACGGAAUCAGGCAUCUGGAUUGCUGCAAGUGCAACAACAGCAGCCGAACCAUAGCCAAACUGGCUGGCAAUGGAUGAACCAGCGAGCAGUUCCUCUCCUGCGAGCAAUUCAGCCCCUGCAUAUAGUUCAGCCCCUGCAAGUAGUUUAUCCCCAAGGGGUUUAUCCUCGAGACAUUCUUCCACCAUAUAAUUCAGUAACCUGUCAGCAGCGAAGGCCAUUGUUCGCGCCACAGCAGUGAUAAAGCAGAUUGUUCUGCAGACUUCCAAUGUCUUUUGAAGGACGCCAUGCUAAUGAUUGUAUGUGGAGUUCGAGCCUAAACAAAAUCAGUUUGGCUGGCAGGCAUCAGUACCUGGUAAUUGUUUACAAUGAAUAGACAAUAGACUACAUGAAAUUUGGUUGUUGAAUCAAAUGCAUCAAAUAUCAUGCUGUAAUUAGUAGGAGUUGCAGAGUUUCCAUAGGAUAACCCUUACUUGUGUAACACAACAUACUUCUUUUUUUACUCCAUUUUCUUUCUUUUGCAAUCAUAAGCACGAAAAUUGGUAUGAAUAAUUCCCAGGGGGUGUUUUUGUGUGGCUCAGUUAAAUGCAUACAGGUGAAUAUCUACUUUAGUUAAAAAUGUCUGGUGGUUCCAACAGUUUGAUAGCAGAAACUUAUUUGGUUGAGAUCCUUGUAUUUAUUUGUAAAUCUAAACUGGAAUCAAAAUGUCGAAAACCCUGGGUAAGUUUGUAAACAGAAACCGGUUGUGCUCUACCGGAAACUACAGAAUCUGGUUACCAAUGAGCCCCAUCCAAAUAUUAGUUGUUGUUUUUGAGUGGUCUACUCCUUUGUGGAGAGACUUGAAGAAAUUCUGAAAUUACUUUUAUUUCAAUAU